AUGCAGUCCGCGGUCCUCAAUGAGCGAGCGCGAGGUCCUCAUGGGAGUACCAGCAGCGGCGUAAGCGCCAAUUCGAGCUGGACCCUAGGCAGUCAUAUUUGGGGUAAUAACGGAGAAUACCCCAUCGGGCGAUCUACGGUGGACGGGAUAUCCGGCUCCAGCUCCCUGCUAGCGUCCUCUGAGUCUGAUAAUAGCUGGGAGUCGAGUAAUCGACGCACCGUUCCCUGGGGGUUUGGAGCACAGGGAAAUGGCAUGGCCACAUCCCCUAUCCAGAACCGCUCCACUGAUCUCAGCGCAGCCGGUCUCCCCGACGGCAAAGACGUCACGGGCUAUUUUCCACCACAGCCCGGUUCGUCCGGUAUCGGUCCGGUAUCAGGAACGGGUCAAAUGGCUUAUCUUAACGGCUCGGGACAGGUUUCCCCCGCGGGAGAGACGAGUGCCUUGGGAACCCGCAAUAUAUACCAUAAUAAUGAUAGGCGAAACGUCAGUCUCGCCGGUAGUCCUGCUACGACGGCGUACCAGACGCAAUCAGGAUUCACGAGUCCCUUGGACAACCCAAGGCCUGAGCACAUGGCAACGGUGAGCAUGUCCUCAAUGCAGAAGCGGGCGGAUAAUAUGCCUCAAAGGGGAAGCACCCGCAACGGCUACGCUCAUACAUCUCACAAUUCCACUUCCAAUGCUUGUCAGAGGCCCGCCCAUACCGCCUAUCCCUCAUUUAGCUCGGAUGCUCCAUUCAAUAGCCGGUUUGGCAACGAACCUUCGGACUUGAGCUCGAACCUUGAGACACUCCAACUGAACGAGAUAUCGAAUGCCACAAUCCGUCCACCAUUCGUGUCGCACGCGUCGUUGGAUACAUCACUGAACAGGUUGAAGCCCCAUGGUUCACGAGAUGAAGACAGUUACCAGGCAAUGCAAAGCUACGGCAAUGAGUAUCUCUCACAGAACCACGCCCUGGCGUAUCAAAUAGCACAAUCGCCACAACUCAGAGGCCAAGACGUUGUUCCAUACGGAGAAUUCGCAUCAGCUGCCCCGUAUAUAAAUGGCCGCCGCUCAGGUUCUAACUCCGGAAGUCGUUAUCGGAACGGGUUUGCACAUAACGAGAAUCAGCACGUGGUCUUACAGGGUAGGGUGCGAGAGGAACUUCCCGUGGAGUCUUCGUACCAAAUGCCCAAUAUGCUCGCUCGUCAGCGACAGUUCACGCCCGCUUAUGAAUACGGCUACGCACCUCAAGCCGCUUUGGCAAGUAUCUACCCUGCUGCGCAACUCAACGCAGCGGCUCUCACAGCUCGACCCCUGCCACGUGAACACGGUUCUCCUCAAGAGUCAUGGGGUCCUGUCCUUGCAGACUUUAGAACGCAUGGAAAAACCAAAAGAUUCGAGCUUAAGGACAUAUAUGGCCAUAUUGUGGAAUUUAGCGGCGAUCAAUACGGUUCCCGAUUUCUCCAGCAGAAGAUCGAGACGGCCAACAGCGACGAAAAAGAGCGAGUGUUUCGUGAGAUCCGUCCCAACUUCCUCCAGCUAGCGCAGGACAUCUUCGGCAAUUAUGUUGCCCAGAAAUUGUACGAACAUGGCAAUCAGUCGCAGAAGAAAACCAUGACAGAUGAGAUGCGGUGCAAGGUCGUUAAAUUGUCCCUCUCUCCGUAUGGGUGCCGGGUGGUCCAGAAGGCUUUGGAACAUGUUCUUACUGACCAGCAAGCUUGGUUAGUACAAGAGAUCCAACCGCGGAUCCUUGAGUGUGUUGAAAGUCAACACGGGAACCACGUGAUUCAGAAGGUCUUCGAGUUUGUCCCCUCGGAGUUGACGAAAAGCUUGGUUCAAUCAUUCAUUGGCCAGGUAGAUAAGCAAUCGACGCAUUCUUACGGGUGCCGAGUCAUCCAGAGGAUGCUCGAGUUCUGUGAACCGUUUGAUCGCCAAAGAAUACUUACCGAGAUUCGUUUAUGUACCCCGAAACUCAUUGAGGAUCAGUUUGGCAACUAUGUGAUUCAGCACAUCAUUGAACGCGGUGAUAAAGCAGAUCGGGAGUUCAUGAUCCAUGAGGUCCAGCAUAGGCUACUUUACCAUUCGAAGCACAAGUUCGCUAGUAAUGUUGUCGAAAAGAGCAUCCAGUUUGGAAACGACAUCCAACGCCGGGACAUCAUUACGAGGUUGACUGCUAAGGUGGACGGUCAUGAAAACCAACUCAUUGACUUGAUAGCCGACCAGUAUGGAAAUUACGUACUUCAAAAAAUCCUCGGUCAUCUCCAGAACGCGGAGCGGGCCGCGCUUGUGCAACGCAUCAAACCAUUGCUGGUGCAUAUGAAGAAAUCAAACUGUGGCAAGCAAAUUGCGGCCAUUGAAAAGCUCAUUGGAGACUCGAGUCCUUGUCCAAAUUCCGCAAUCCCUGCUUCGAACCAUACAUCAUCGACCACACCCCCAAAUUCUCACAAAUCCUCCCCGCAACCGAUGAAGCGCGCAGUACAAGACCCGUUCGUGGCGACGCCCCCUACACCACCCCCGACAGAUAAUCAGUGCAAUGGCGAUGGCGCUGCCUCCAUAUCCGGCUCUGGAUCAUCUGAACUCACAGCUACCGUGCCAUAA